UCUCGCUAAAACUCGAAAAUGGCUGGACCGAUUUGGCUAAUUUUGGUCUUGAAUUAUUCGUGGAAGUCCAGAGAAGGUUUAAAAAGUGAAAAAAAUAUGAAAAUGCUCGGAAUUAUAUAAAAACAAACAAUUUUGAUGUGUCCCCCAUAGGACGGAUUCCUUUUGUUUUUUUAAGUUUAUUUUAUACAAAAGUUAGGUCUUUUAUUUAUUGAUUGAGGCACUACGAAGUCUGCCGGGUCAGCUAGUAACUUAAUAAAAUAUGUUUCAAUCGAUUUCAAUUAUUAACAUUCACAUUUAUACUAUUCUAUAAUACCUAAAUUUUACGCAAAUAAAACCUGUUGAUAUACCAAAGUUUAGAUUAUAUAAUAAAUCAAACAAAAGAGCACGAUAUUCUAAAUUAGAUCAGAAAAAAUAGUUAGACAUUUAUAGCGACCGCCGAAGCUAUUGUGAUCUGCCCAAAUUGGCAACAAGAUUUAUAACGUGUCACCAACUUCAAGAUUCCAUCUCAUAAAUCCGUGUAAUGGUGUGGGGCGAGUUACUGACCGCGCUCGCCGCCUUCGGUGUACUUCGGCGAAUAAUGGUUGUGAAAGCUGGUACAUUCGUGCGAGGUCCGACGGCAUCGACUUUAGAUUGAUCAACAUUUACGCCUAAAGAACAUGAUUGAUUCUGACUGAUGAUUAUCGCACAACUGCACGAUGCGCAUUCAAACAUCUGCUCUGGCACUGCGUAUUCUUCUAUUGAAUCUUCUCUAUAUAUAAAAAUUAAUUGCUGUUCGUUAGUCUCGCUAAAACUCGAGAACGGCUGGACCGAUUUGGCUAAUUUUGGUCUUGAAUUAUUUGUGGAAGUCCAGAAAGGUUUAAAAGGUAGAUAAAUAUGAAAAUGCUCGGAAUUAAAUAAAAAUAACAAUUUUGUUUUCUCUUUGAUGUGUCUCCCGUCGGACGGAUUCCUUUUGUUUGUUUUAAGUUUAUUUUAUACAAAAGUUUAAGUCUUUUAUUUAUCGAUUGAGGCACUACGAAGUCUGCCGGGUCAGCUAGUUAGAAAUACAUAUAUAAAUAUGACGUUGUAUGUCUCGAAGCGGGUACCUUUGUGAUGUCUUAUUUGUGUCUUGCAUGUUAGUUACGAGGUAAAAUGUACUUAGUAAGCGUGGGCGGUCAAGUUCGCUUGUAAUCCGUUUUAGAACUACCGCGGGGUUAACAGUUCACUGACGGUGCGCAGAGAAAAGACGAACCGCCCUCCUGAGUCACACAGGAACUGAAUUUGUUAUUCCAUGGCAACUCGCUGUUUGCUCACAUUUCGCGGUAAUUGGCCGUUGGUUAAGUUAUGCGGUGUGCGUGCUGAUAAAAAUACGAAACGUUAUAAGUAUAUAAUGCAGUAUUCACAAUGCGAGAAUUUAAACCAACAUAAUCCGCCGACGAAUAAACACAGUACAAACAAUAAACUGUUUAAAAAAAAAGUAUAUAUAUUUAAUUUAAAUUUGUUUACAUUUCUAUAAGUCGUGAUUGUGUGGAAGUGUACGUUAAAACAAAACGUUUCUGUAAGGCUUCGUAACCCACAUUCGUGAGAAUCGCAUUCGAGUACAGAUUGCAGAAAUCGGAGACUGACACUGCGAAUUGAACAUAUCGGAUAUAACAUGUUGAUGAGGUGGCUGACAUUGGCAUUGGUGGCAGCGAGCUGUCGCGUCGCCAGUGCCUGCACGUGCGCAUUGGAACACCCGCAAACUCAUUAUUGCAAAAGUGAUUUUGUAAUCGUCGGCAGGGUUCAGAAAACAUUUCGCGGGAGAGAAGACUACGACAUUUACAAAGUGAAAAUUCGAAACGUUUUCAAAGCAACAGACAAGGCUGUGGCGGCGCUUAGAUCCGGCCGGUUAUUUACGCCCCCUCAUGAGUCCCUUUGUGGAGUCAGCCUACAGCCGAGGGAGACCUAUGUUAUUACAGGUCAAGUGUUGCAUUUGGAAGCGCAUAUUUACCUCUGCGGGUACAUUGCCAAAUGGCGGGAGGUGACACCACGUCAAAGAAAAGGCUUCAGACUUCUUUACAAACAAGGAUGUACUUGUAAGGUCCACGAAACGCGGCGUCGCACGAAAUCUCCGAACACUUGCGUGACGAACUACAACGAAUGCUACGAGCGACACGGCAUCUGCCUUCACGAUCGCGAAAGACGCUGCCACUGGACAAGGGCCCCGGCGCUCACCCGAUGCAUGCAAGCUCAACGUUUCAACAACACUAUGACUAUGACUUGAUUAACCUAACACGAAGCAGAUGUUCACACUAAACUGUACCUUCUGGAUAUAUUCGAAACAUUCAAAUGAAAAAAUAAUAAACUUAAAGGCUUCGUCAAACAGAACGCGUACUUAGCGCUGCGUUUUAACGUCGCGCUCUUUUCAUGUCACACAAAUUGACUAGAUGAGUCCAACGCUCCUUGACGCAAUGCAUUCGCCAAAUCAUAGUACCUUUCGAUAGCAGUGCGAAAAUUUAAAAGUAUUAAGAUAUCGAGUGAUUCAGAUGCGGAAUUGUAUAAGCAUGAGUAUUUUCUAAUUAAUUCUAUAAUUUUUUCGGGCAUUAUCCUGUAUUUUAAUACACAUUCACCUGGACGCUAAAUUGGAAUUAGUAAAAAAUUACAACGCCUGACGUCAAAACGUCCUAACGGCGCGACAGAGCGUUGCGUACUGCUAGCGCUCUGUUUGACAGUAUGUUACCAUAGUAGUACAACACAUCUCGGCGUCAUAGCGCGCCGUCAGUUUAGCGUUCUGACGCGCGCUAAGUACGCGUUCUGUUUGACGAAGCCUUUAGCAUUAUAUUAAUUGUCAACCUACAGCGCAGUGCGGUUACGUUUCGUUUAGUGAGAAUCACUUUUGUAUUUUUAAGCACCACGAAAUCAGGUGGAGAUUUAUUUAUUACUAAAAUUAACAAUGUUCGAUCGAUUCGAGAGACUGAACGUGAAUGGAAGUGAAAUGAUUCUUUGUGACGAAUUUACUUAUUGGAAAAUGUACCUUAGUAUUAUACAUAAUUUGUUAUUUUCCUUUGGACGCUUCCAAAUUGUUGUUUUGUCUUUAUAGACAAAUGUAACGUUAACGUUAUUUUUUUUUGUAUUAUUUAUUUCUAAGUUAAUGAUUGUAAAUUAACAAGCCAUAGUGAUAGUUAGUUUUUAAUAAAUAAAAAAUACAUAUGGAAAA